GAACGGCACGCAAGUUGCUGAAAAAGUUGUGGCGAUGAUGUUGUCGACAAUGCGCGGCGCUUGCUUAGUGGAGAUUAUCAUCAAGGCGGCAUUCGAAGUCCAGCCGCUACUGUGUGGAGCGACUAAAUUGGUCGUUCCACUCCACGGAUCACAGCAUGCCAUCCUAUCUUUGCGAAAGGAUAGGGAGAAAAGCUCUCUGCACAAAGGUGUCGCUGCACCCAGCCUCGCCGACGAAAGUAGAAAGCGCAUUUCACUGCACACUGACCAAGACAAACUUGUUUUUCUUCAGAGCGAUAGCGAAGCGGCGGAACAGGAAUCAAGCAAGGGUGACGUGUUCCCCGUGGCGCCGGAUCAGCUCACUUGUCCGUCAGGAUGUCAGGGAAGAUGGCACAAAUGGACUUGUGCCCAGCAGGAGUUGAACCAGGUUAGCGGUACCUAUGUGUGUGCCCAGUGGGAACACGACGCGACGGGGGGGUCAUACUGCGUGCGCAUGAGCAACUGGCGAAUAGCGUGUCCGACACCACCACCGACUACAACAACAACUCCGCCACCGACUAUAACAACGCCUCCACUACCUGGG